AUGGGCGGGGCCAAGUUCCCUGUGGAGGCCGAGGCGCCGACGGAGGCCGCGCCGCCCAUGAAGCAGGCCUCAGCUAUGGGAACCGCCGCGUACGACGAGGAUGAGUUCCGCGAGGCGACCAAGGGCCUCAGCGAGCGCCAGUCCUUAGUCCUGGCCGUCGUCGACGGCAUCGUGGAGGGCAAUGUCGAUGUGUCCCUGUCUGAAGUCCUCAGGCUGCUGGACGGCAUGGGAGUGCCUCAUGUGCCCCAGGGACCUCGUCUUGUCAGGGACCGUGUCGCCUUCCUGCGGAAGCGUCGGGCCCUUCUGAGGUGCUCGUCUGAAUGA